AUGCAAAACACUGUACCUCCGAGUGGGAUCAGCGACACCGAGUCGAAAAGUGCUGAGGUUAGUGAGAUGGACAUCGAUGGAGAUCCGGGGGGAGAGGUGCUUGAAACCUUGAAUUAUGCCAAUAUUUCCGCGGAAGAGGUGCCAAAGCUUGACAGUGUCUCCUUGGCCACCCGUCGCAAACGGUUAUUGAUCUCGACGGACAGCGAGUUCGUCGACAAUGUUCUCCCCUCCUUAGUUCAGCACCCCGGGAUCGAAGUAAGAUUCAUAACGGACGAGCCAUUUGCCCUGCUUUCAGGUACCAACAAAGUCCCCCAUUAUAUGGAUACGGUGGAUGGGAAAACUUUCGAAAAGGAAAUUGGCGCUCGAAGGUGGCUGAAGGCAAAAGCAGCGGAACUUUGUGAAUGGGCGGAUCUGCUGCUCGUCGCCCCUGUGGAUGCGGGGACACUGGGUUCUAUGUUAUCAGGCCUGACCAACACUCUGACGUUAGCAUUGUUGCGGGGUUGGAUGUCUACAAAACCUGUCAUUCUGAUCCCGGGAAUGACAAUAUCGGAAUGGGAGCAUCCGCUGACCGAGAGACAGCUCCGGGAAGUUCAUCGGUUCUGGCCUUGGGUCGACCUUGUAUCCCCCGUUUUAUGGAAAUAUAACGCACCUGAAGAGCUGAUACAGUUGCCAUGGCAUGGGCUGAAAGAGCUCCACGAAACUAUUGAGAAAACGCUUACGCUCUCAUUAUCGCACCCGAUUACUGUUGAACCCAUUGAGUCCACGGCACCUCAAGAUGAUGGCACUUUAGAGAAAUCGCUACCGGAAAAUAACUCGUCGCUCCCAUCUCAAACGUCAUUACUCAGAUCUAAUAUUGCCGAGAAAAAAGACACCCCCUCGCUGCCUCUAGAGUUGUGGUUGAACGUAUUUGAAGAUCAGCUCCAUGAUUGGGAAAUUGCCAAAGCAGUGGGCAUCCCUACGAAACUCUUGGUUCCUAAGGAAUGGCAAAGCCAUCUUCUGAAAAUGUCAGCGCCCGCUUCCUUGGAGUAUACUAUCCUUCGCGGUUCAGUUGCCGCAAUUAAGAAGCGAAUUGAUAACCUGCCCCGUUGGAAACCUUUAUCGGAUCUAGCAUGCCAUCUAAUUUUCAAAUUUUCACGAACCGAUAUCUUGUCCCACCUCACCGAAAAUCAUCUUGAUCUCCUUUGGACGACUUCACGUCUCACCAACAUCCCCUACCGUGCAUCAGCAAUAUACGGCAAUCCCAAAAUAUUGACGUGGUGGCGAGACGCGCCCGCACUCCCUAACAAAGAAUACAUUGCAGAUUCUAUGGAUGGGGCUUCUCGUGCAGGCUUUAUUGAUGUCCUUGAGUGGUGGUGGACCUCAGGUCUUGAAUUACGGUAUACUGAGAGGGCACUCGAGUCUGCCAGUGCCGAGGGCCGUGUCGAUGUUCUCAACUGGUGGAAAAAGACAGCAGAAGCCGCUCCUCGUGCCCGUUCAUUGCCGCUUAAGGUCGGCAAGUCGGUUCUCCUGGCUGCGCAGUCUGGAAGAACGGCCUCGCUUGCCUGGUGGGAUGCGUCAGGUAUUCCAUAUACGCAUGCGGAGUCGGUUGCACGAAUCGCUAGCACUCAUGGGCACGUCCACGUCCUUGAUUUCUGGUAUAAGUUGAAAGGCGCCAAGAUGAUUUUCGACUGUCAGGUGCUCGUCGGGCCGACUAAGAACGGCCAUGAUAACGUUUUAGAAUGGUGGCGUCAAAGCGGUCUCCGAGUCGAGUUCAAGACCUGUGACAUCGAGGAAGCCCUUGAAGAUGCGGACCCUGUGUCAGGCGCCGAAGAACGAGUUCGGAAAUGGUGGGCUCGCAACGGGCUUAACCUCGGCGUUGGAACGAGUGAAUGGAUGAAGACGAAAGUGCUAUAG